AUUAGCGUCGCGAUCUUCCGAUCGUCUAUGUGUCGCUGGCAUUGUCUAGACGCUGCCGUGGAUUUUAUUGGGAAAUAUGAAUACGGAUAGUCUGGCGUACCAUUGCGUCACUGCCUCGAAGGGUCAGAGUUUUAGUCAAGGUCGAGGCGCUCACUAUGAGAGAAAAAAAUUACGCGCUAUACGACACGAUAUAUAUGAGAUGGGUCGCCGCAUAUUUUAUGCAUGAGGCUCUUUGCUUCGUGAGUGUGUGUGUGUGUGUGUGUGUGUGUGCGCGUGUGUGUUAUAUGGUUGGGCUUUCGGUAAUUUUUGAAAAUGUUUUAUUUAUGAUGUAAUUAGAGAAGGGACUUUUAGAGAGGUUUCCUUGGGAUCGAGAUUUUACGAACCAGAUACACAUCGGAGUUUCCUCGUUACUGAAUUAUUGAAAAAACUUAAUGUGUAAUCAAUGGAUGACAAUACAAGUGCUUGAACUUCGAGCAUAUCCGCUUAACUAAUUAGUUCGUUAAUUAGGUACAGCACUACAUCACCUGCUACGGGUGUAUACAUUUACCUAGUUCAGCGUUAAAUUUAAAUAAAUUAUUCGACGAAAUUUGUAGCAGUUUGCGGGAGAGUAAUCGUAUAUUGUUGCGUAGCUGCGGAGAAAAAAAUAGAUACAGGAAAGGCAGGCGAUACAGAGGGUAUAGGAGGAAAUGAAAGAUAACAGGCGAACUUCACCCAAUAACCCAAUAAAGUGGAACUGCGAGUACGAUAAUAUACACGAGAAUGUUUCGAAAUAGGGUAAAAGAAAUAUACACGCACAAUAAGAGGCAUGGAAUGCUCAACGCGCCUGAAAAAUGACCCAAUCAAAAAGCUUUCGGCAAUUAUUCAUAAAAAUAUUUCAACAACGAUAAACGCAUCGUUUAUACACUCUGAUAGUGUAGCCUGCACACAUAAUAAUAAUAAUCAAGGAAGUCUGUUGAAUGGCUCUAAAUCAAAAUAAAAGUUAAUCUUUCCGAGCCGAACGCGGAAACGCGAUAAUUUAUACAUCACUCUCGAUUUCGUGGGUAUUCGACCAUUCAGCAAAAAAAAAUGAAUCCAACAUAUUUUUAGCAGCCAAGCGCUCCGAUAAUAGAACGCGCCGCUCGAACAAAAGAAAUCCCCCAAAAGGAUAGCCUUGCGCGAACGAACGAAUCUCGGUUUUUCACGCUUUUGAUAAAUAAACACGAUUUUUCCGGUAAACAUUUAUGCCGCGCGCGAGAGCGCUGCGAAAUAAAUAUUUACCGAUUCGUCGUCGUGCAGAAAGUCGCAUUAUGCACGUAUACGCGUUAAGGAAUUGAUUUUUCGCUGGUCACCCUCGCUCUGUUUCCGAGAACCGACUACAUUUGUACACGAUCCACCCGAAUUAUUCGUGAACUUUAGAAAAAUAAUAAAAACACGACGAUAAACUGGAGAAUGCGUCAAUUGUUUCGAGUGGAAGGGCACGAAAAUUCCGAAAAAGGCCUACUCAAAUAUACUUAUCCACAGCAGCGAUUGUAAGCGCUUGUAAAAACGAGUGGGGGGUUGCCGCGAGCCACAUGGUCGCCCCUUCCCAACUGGCAGCACACACGCGCGCGUGAGACAGCUACAGCGCUACAGUCUACUCCACUCUCUCCUCUAUACCUUCCCGUCCUCGGGAAAACAGUCGUCGGACGCACGCGCCAUCAGUCGCUCGUCCCCUUCCGCAGUAGUCCUCUCUCUCUCUCUCUCUCGUCUGCUAAAUAGAUCUGCAUCGUCAGUGCUCUGGAUCCGUGCUAUACUGCUUCUUUCUCUUCGCAUCAAAGGUGUGUGCAUGUGUGUUUGUGUGUGCAUGUGUGUCACAGUAUACCGUAAGUACGUCUUCGCCUAGUGUAUCGCGGCGUACUAAAAGAAGUGCGCUUUGUUCCGAGAGCACGUGAGGGACGUGUUUUUACGCAGCGGAGUUGCUGCGCACAAAACCCCGUAUACUUACCUCAAGACACACACACGGAGAAAAGCAGCCGCCGCACAUAUCGCCGCUAAAAAUAUCCCGCACGAAUCGCUGAGUAUAGCAUCUCCGCGUUGGGCAUCGUCAGGAGGCUGUGAGAGCGUGUCAUCAAUGCCAUCGCAAGAGCUUCGCCGUCGGUAGCCUGCAGCAUCUCAUCGUCGUCGUCGUGUCACCGCCGCCGGCAUGAGGUCGAGACUAUCCAUGUACUUUUCCUGGGGUUGGCCGGGUAGCCGAGCUGCCGUCGCUGCGGCUAGAGCCAGAGAAGAGGAGGCCGAGAGAGAAAGGCUGCAACAUCUCGAGGAUGAAAGGAGAAGGAGUCAGUGCCAGUGUGAUUUCAGGAGGGCGUUCAAGAGACUCCUCGCGAUGAUGGAGAGCCUCUUGCUCUGGGAGAACACCUGUAACAGUGUCUCCGUCAUAAUUGCUUUCAACAUUCUCUUCUGGGAAUUUGUCGUGCUCGAAGAACGUGGCUUCGCAGCGGCUAGCAGUGCCGCUUUAGUCGUCGUCCUUUGCUACAGCACACUCGAGACCCAAGAGGAAGGGGCACCAAGUUCUGCCGUCUCGCAGUCGAAAGCAGAACAGCUGGAGAAACUGCUGAAUAAGGCCAGAUCGAGCUUCGAGAGCCUCGUGCAUCUGCAACAGGACCAGCCGAGAGCGUUCUGCACUGGCUUGUGCGUCGUCUCUCUGGGCGUCUGGCUGGUCGGCAGAUACCUGGACAGCGUGCUACUCGCUUAUACGAUAUGUAUGGGCAUUUUGGUGGGACCUGUGCUUCUUCUACGCUUACCUUCCCAAGAACUGUCGAUUAAAGAAUGGGAUCUUGCAAUAGAAGAGUUUUUACCGGCAGUAACAGAAGACAAUCUUCAAGUAUUAAAACGGGCAGGUGAAAACGGCGACCGCUCGCCGACGCCACCGAGUCCGGACAUGGGCGCUUCAACCGAUAACUUUGACGAGGACCUAGUUGGUCUGAGGAUGCCGUCACACGAGGACAUUAGCACAGACGGUCUCGAACUCAUUCCCGAAUUGGAUAUGAUCAUUGACGAUUCGAUGCUGCAGAACGAGCUGUUUGGCCGCGGCUCCUCCUCGUCUUCGGACGAUGACGAGGUGGACAUCGGCCUGAGCAAACAGCCACGCAAGCAGCUCAUCGACGAUGAUGGAGACGACAGCAAUGACAGUGACGACAGCGAGUUCGAGAUCAUCGAUACGCAAGAACUCGCCGGCCUGAAAAACGUCUGAACACCGUGGAGCACCCGCGCGACUACAUCAUGAAUUACAUGAGACGAGAAUAAGGAAAAAGUACAUAAGAAGCAUUGCGUAGCGGGGAUAAACGGUGUUCUGUGUGUGCGCGACACUAUACAAGUUUUCGAUGACCAGUCGCCCAUAUGUAUUUCAAGCCCGCUGUGAUUGCGUGUCAGUCUAUCUUUUACUGUCUGUCUGUCUCUGAUAAUUAAAGGACGAAAAACACAAAAAAAUUAUAUAAAAUAAGAAGAACGUUUUGUCUGUCGAGCCGACCACUCUGUGUAUAACGUACCUGGCUUUGUUCGCGCUUCGUAGGUGUUUUUGCUUUUGCAAUGGCCUGUGGAUAUGUGUGUAUGCGCAUCAAUCCUCUUGUUCUUUUCCUCGACAAGCACUAAUAAGCGUAUACUUUAUUGAGUACCAAACACACCCGCCUGGACUCUUGUAUCUACCAUAUUACCUGUUAUUUACGAUAUGGCCCGGUGUUUUUACUCAUCGCUUCAAAAUGGUGACUCGCUUCACUGCUAAGCGAAGCUUCGGUUCAUUCGGUUCAAUUGGUUAUUCGCGGGCCGAGUUCGUUCUUAUUUAAUCAUUUAUUUUUAUUUUAACUUUAAUUUUUACUCAUAGAAAUUUAUUUUUACUUUUUACUUGACUAUACGGAAUUGUUUGCAUCUUCCAUUUAUUGCAGAGAUUUUUUUUCAAACACUUGACCUCUCAAACCGCGCUCGUGUGAUGACGAGCGACAAAUAAAUAUUGCUUAUUUCUGCAGCAAGUCUGUAGUACUGGAUGCGGAUAGAUAAAAUUUAUUUAUUUAUGUAUAAAUAAAUAUACAUACCUAUUUAGUCACAUAAGUAGCGUAAACGUAUUUAAUAUUUUUAAGAUUCAAAAAUGAAGUAUGUACAGUUCUCUCUAGAAUAAUCGAGUACAAAUGCAAGGAAAAAAUAAUUAAACGUGUUUAUGUAACAAGAGUGUUUGUGUGUCACGAAACAAAUACAAACAAACAAUCUCAACAUCCGUUUAAAUAAAGAACAUCAAUUUCAAAAGG